AUGAAUAUUCGUGCGGCUACUGUAUUCUCUUGAGGUGCAGUUCUUCAAAAGAAAAACCCUCUUCUGCCUUCUCCACUUUCUUCUCAGGCUUAUUUCACAGUCAAUUUCGAUUAUUUGCUCAGUCUUAAUAAUCCUGCGGCUCCAAAUCAAAACCCUAAAUGCGAGUUGUAGUAACUGGCACAGAAAGCAUUCCCCUAAUGCAAAUGUAUGUCAACUGAAGCAACGCUGUGUUAACGAAGUUGGCUUCGGUAUUCUGUUGAAGUUGCAAUAUCACAGUAGGCCAGUGGAUGUCUUGGGGAUUCAUUAUUUUGAGUUCCUCAAUUGAAACAAUCAAAACCUUCAGUUAUCACAAUUCCUUCAAUAGAUCACCCAACAAGAACUGUAAACUUCUUAUUUGGUGCAUGGACAACAUGUAGAAUAGUCGAAGCAGCUUGAGCAAGAACUGGCCCAAUGUGAUACAAAAGUUGAUAGGUGGAGAUUCCUGGGAUUUUAUGGAGGCUCAGCAUUUGAACUUUGCAGGUUAAUUUAUUGAAGAAACAAUGAUGCUUUAAAAUAACUUCGUGGUAUUGUGCACUUGAAGCAAUUUGGAGCCAGUUACUUUGGUGGUUUGAUUAGUGAUGGAGUGCAAUAAAGAAGAGGCAAUCAGGGCGAAGGGGAUUGCUGAGAGUAAGAUGCAAAACAAAGAUUUUCAUGGUGCUCAUAAAAUUGCACUCAAAGCCCAACAGCUGUAUAACGAUUUGGAGAAUAUUUCCCAGAUGCUAAUGGUUUGUGAUGUGCAUUGUGCUGCUGAUAAGAAACUUUUUGGGAAUGAGAUGGACUGGUAUGCCAUCCUUCAGAUUGAGCAGACAGCUGAUGAGGCCACAAUUAAGAAGCAGUACAGGAAGUUUGCUCUCUUACUUCAUCCUGAUAAAAAUAAGUUUCCUGGUGCAGAGGCUGCUUUCAAGUUGAUUGGUGAAGCUCAAAGGGUGCUAUUAGACAGAGGAAAAAGGUCCUUGCAUGACAUUAAACGAAAAGCUCCCACAAGCAAACCAGCACCGCCUUACAGGCCUCAACAGAGAGCAGCUUACACCUCUAGUAUUGGGGUUCAAAACAAUUCCAGGAACAACUUUAUGGGCUUCAAUCCUCAACAGCAACAUAUGCAGCAGUCGGAUCAACAGGGUUCCUCCAAUGGCCGUGCUACUUUCUGGACAGCUUGUCCAUACUGUAAUGUAAAGUACCAGUACUAUGUGGAAAUUAAGAAUAAGUCUCUUAUUUGCCAAACUUGCACUAAGCCUUUUAUUGCACAUGAGCGGAGUGUGCAAGGGGCUCCAACUGGAACUAACUUCAGCCAGUCGGCAUUUCCCCCAAGAAAAGAUGUGCCAAAUAAUAGUUUUAGCAAAGUAGAACUUAACCGUCAGGGCAAGUCAAGUGCUGAGCAACCUAAAAUGGAUUUCUUUCAAAAGAAAGGUUGCAAUUCUGAGUUUGCUUCACAAAAGGCAAAUGGGAAGAGACGAAGGAAGAAAGAUGCAGAAUCAAGUGAAAGUUGUGACUCUGAUAGUAGCAUUGACAGUGAAGAUGGUGAUUUCAAUGCAGGAGUGAAUUCGAAAAGUUUUGGUGAGUUCCGAAGGAGAUCUGAUCGGCAUAAGCGGAAUGUUUCUUACAAGGAAAAUCUGAGUGAUGAUGAAGACUCUACGACCCAUCCAAAAAGGGCCAAGGGGAGUGGAUCAUUCUGUUCAACUGAAGAGGAUUGCAGAAAUGGCACAAAGGAUGAUUUCAUUGAACCAAAUAAGCAUUCUGGUUCAGCUUCUUGUGCAAAAGGUCAUAAUGGGGAGAAACAAAAAGCAGGUCCAAAGAGCUCUUUAGAAGAAAAUGGUCAUAAGAAGAUCAAUGAGGUUCAUAUUGAUUCUGCAUCAGAUUCAAGCUCAAAAUCUACAUCAGUUCCUGAGCUCCAUGAAUAUCCUGAUCCAGAUUUUAAUGACUUUGACAAAAUUAGGAAUGACAGGUGCUUUUCGAUAGGGCAGAUCUGGGCUGUUUAUGAUACCUUGGAUGCUAUGCCUAGAUUUUAUGCUCGAAUUAGGAAAGUUUUCUCUCCAGGGUUCAAAUUGAGGGUAACCUGGCUGGAGCCAGACCCAGAUGAUGAUGAUGGAAUCGAAUGGGUCAGCGAGGACUUGCCAGCCUCAUGUGGUAAAUUCAGACAUGGGCACUCAGAAAAUACUGAAGAUCGUCUUAUGUUUUCCCAUAAGAUCGACUGGGAAAAAGGCAGCCAGAAGGACACCUACAAGAUAUUUCCAAGAAAAGGAGAAAUUUGGGCAGUCUUCAAGAACUGGGAUAUUAGAUGGAAAUCUGAUGUAGACCCUAACCGGAAGUUUGAAUAUGAAUUUGUAGAAAUCUUGUCAGAAUAUACUGAGGAUGUUGGUGCAUCUGUUGCAUAUUUGGGCAAGGUUAAGGGCUAUGUGAGUCUUUUUUGUCGAAUCAGGAAGGAAGGAAAAGACAAAUUUCAAAUUCCACCAGGUGAAUUGUUCCGCUUCUCUCACAUGAUUCCAUCAUUUAAAUUGACGGGUGAGGAAAGACAAGGUGUGCCAAAGGGAUCUUUUGAACUCGAUCCUGCUUCUUUAUCCCAAAAUAUCGAAGAGAUUGCUGUUGCUGAAGAUAUGGCGGUUGAUAUUGGUAAGACUCAUGCUGACAGCACAGGUUCAAAAUCAUCAGAUAAAGUGAAAUUCAAUGUGGAAUCUGAAGGACGUACUGCUGCUCAGCAGGCUAGUGAUAUAAAAUGUGAAGUUGCCAAUGAUGAUCAUAGUGUUCCUUCAACUUCAACCCCAGAAGCUCUCGAAAUUCCAGAACCAGAAUUCUUUGACUUCAAUGCUGAGAAAUCCUUUGAAAAGUUUCAAGCUGGUCAAAUCUGGUCUCUGUACAGUAAUGAGGAUGGCUUACCAAAGUACUAUGGUCAAAUUACAAAAUCUGGUACUAGUCAGGAUUUCAAAUUGCAGCUCAAGCGGCUUGUUCCAUGUGCACUACCGAAUGAUGUUAUACAAUGGCAAGAUAAAGAUAUGCCUAUUUGCUGUGGAAGAUUUAGGACUAAAAAGGGUGAAUCGCAGCCCUAUACAUCUGCUGUUUCCUUCUCACAUCAAUUAAGUGCAGAACCUGUUGGUAAGAAAAAUGAAUAUACCAUCUUUCCUAGGAAAGGUCAGGUUUGGGCACUGUACAGGAACUGGUCUGCUGAAAUUAAACAUUAUGAAUUGAAUGAAUGUAAAUAUGAUGUAGUGGAAGUGCAGGAGGAAAAUGAUUUGGUGAUCAAAGUUUCACUUUUGGAGAAAGUUGAAGGUUUCAACUCAGUUUUCAAGGCUCAAUUAGAGGAUGGUUCAGCUGUUACAAUGGAGGUUCUCCGUGUUGAACUGCUUAGAUUCUCCCAUCAGAUUCCUGCUUUUCGACUAACGGAAGAGAGGGGUGGCAGCCUGAGAGGCUUUUGGGAACUUGACCCUGCAGCACUGCCUGUUCAUUAUUUUGCUACUUGAAAUGACAGGUUUAUUUAAGUGCCAUCUAUUUGCAGUCAAUAUCAACAGCCAGGGCAUGUUUGAGAUUGCUCUUUUGGUAAUGGAUUUUUGGCAUCAAUCUCUCAACUGUGUUAUGAAGUUGUUUUCGGAAGUUUUAUGCAGUGCUUGUUUCUUUUGGUCUCAGUUUAUCUGCAUUCAAUAGAAAGAAAUUUGUCUGCUGACUCUUUGGUCCCUUUAAUUUUGGGUUGGAGCUUGGUUGAUUCGGCCACAAAUCAAUGGUGGGGAUAGCAAAUUAGCUGAAGCCUAAAACUUAGAUUUCGUCACUCUGUUGCUGACAGUAGAUUGUCUUACGCGACUUUAUAGUUUCAUGUGAACCCUCUCAUUGUAAGAUGCUUAUGUUAUCCCCUUUUAAUUUGGAUGUAGGGAUCAAAUUUAGCAGCUCACAGCAAUUGUAUCAAUGCUGCACUAUUUUUAGGGGUUAAAGCUAUGUUUAAUGGGAUUUGAUAGUAGCAUUAAAUAUGGGUAACUAUUGAUGCAAUCAGGUCCAAAACCAGUGGGAUAGUAGUUUAAUGAUCGAGUAGAUGUCAAUACAAUGGUUGGUUUUAUAUUUAUAAUGGUUUGUCCUAGUUUAUAGA